AUGUACAACCUUGAUGCCAAAGGCCAAAUCCACGAAAAGCUUUCUAAGCAAGAUUCUAAACACAUUGUCCGUUUGAUUAAGAAGGGGGCUCCCAUAGAGCCAAACGAAGCGACAGGUCUUGUUGAUGUAGGCGACCCUAAAGACUGGGAAGGCAAAACGAAGAGGCUACUCACGGUGUACUGUGGCCUGGGGGAUAUGAAAAGACUGAUUCAGUCAAGACAAAAACUUCACAGUGAUCUGUGGGGUGUGCGUGAUAAAUCUCAUGAUAAGAUACCGAAGGAAGACCCAGGACUGCCAUUUGACGAACUCACUCUAUGGCGGUUUUUCGACUGCUUGGCUGAUGGAAUCGCCGUCAUGUCUAACGGACAUGAGUGGGUGUACAAUCCAAAUAGUAAAGAGCCAACUCCUAAAGUGGAACUCGCCCCAGGUACUCAGUGGGUUCCGAUCGUGCAUUUUGACAUAAAGCCGGCAAACUCCCAUGAUACUGCCCAUCCCCACACUCCGAUACUCAAGAUCGGAUGUUUCGGACACAGCCAUCAAAUACCGCACAGUCUGAAGCCCCGUAUCACACGAUCAAAACGUGAUCUGGGAUGGGAUUACAAGAAAUUAGGCUCGGCAACUUUCCAAACACCAGAGCAAAUGAAUUCCGGCUGGGACAAUCUUAAGUCGAACACGACCAACUUGAGAGAUAGUCAAGUGGCAGGCAUAUACGGCUCACACACGAAUGUCUGGCAGGUAGGCUUGGUCAUGCACCACCUUGCAUUGACGAGAACUUACUUGAAUAUGAACCCUUUUGAACCUGAUUUCAAGAUCGGUGGAGAUGACGCACGGGGUAGAACUUAUGGUCCUAGAUUGAGAACCACAACUUAUAGCGAUGAGCUCAAAAGCCUAAUAUUUGAGUGUCUGUAUGAAAUUCCCACAAAUCUGCCUACAACUGCGGAAUUGAAACAGCGAAUAGGCCAAGGAAUCAUCCGCCGGAUCCACAGGAUAUCUGAAGACUUGGGAAUUGCUGUCUCCCAAGACUUGGAACGAAAUAAAUCAGAAAAGCUCGUAGCUCAGUAUGUUCAGACAUAA